AUGUCGAGUAGUUCUUCAGAGAAGAGGGUGAUGGUGUUAGCCAUGGAUCAAACAGAGAAUAGCCAGUAUGCACUGGAGUGGUCUCUUGACCAUUUCUUCACCCCAUUUGGCUCAGAUGCUCCUUUCGAUCUUGUUAUUGUCUAUGCAAAACCCUUUCCUUCCGUUCCUAUUGGUACCGUGGCAGGACCUACUCCUGCAGUGGCCAUAGGGCCUGAAAUUUUCCCUGCCGUAGAUUUGGAGCUCAAAUUGGUCGCUGAUCAAGUUACAGAAAAAGCUAAGCAAAUUUGCACUAGUAAAUCGGUUCACGGAGCUUUGGUGGAAAUUGUUGAGGGUGAUGCUAGGAAUGUGUUGUGUGAUGCUGUUGAUAGGCACCGUGCAUCCCUGUUGGUUUUAGGUAGUCGUGGUUAUGGAGCUAUCAAAAGAGUUGUUCUAGGAAGUGUGAGUGACCACUGCACUCAUCAUGCUCACUGUUCGGUGAUGAUCGUGAAGAAGCCCAAGUCAAAAAAAUAAGCACGCUCCCCUGCUGUGCUAGCUUUUCUAUCAUAGUUAAUUAAUAAUAAUCCCUAUUAGACCCUAAAAAUGUCCAUUUAUAUAUAAAAACAUGUGUACUUUUAUAUUUGAAUUUGAUAAUAUAACUACGUCCUAU